AUGCCUGGCACCGUCAGUUUCAUGAAACAGUCCUUCCCAGGAAAGGCAACGUAUACCGACAAGGAUGUGCAAGAUCUGACUGACAAAGUCAUCAUCGUCACGGGCUCCAAUACCGGUCUUGGCAAGGAAAUCGCCAAGAUCGUCUAUUCCAAGAAUGCAACGGUCUACAUGAUGGCGCGCUCCGAGAAGAAGACGCUCGACGCGAUAGCAGACAUCAAGAUUGCCGUCCCCAAAUCUGCCGGAGAGCUCAUCUACCUCCCGCUGGAUCUGUCGGAUCUGACCAAGGUCAACGAGUCAGCCAAGGAAUUCCUCCGCAGGGAGCAGCAGCUGCACAUUCUCUUCAACAACGCCGGCGUGGGCUAUCCCGAGAAGGGCUCCAAGUCCAAGCAGGGCUACGAGCUGCAGUUGGGGGUCAACUGCAUCGGCACCUUUGCGCUGACCAAGCUGCUCACGCCCGCGCUCGUUGCGACGGCCAAGAAGUCGGCGCCCAACUCGGUGCGCGUUGUCUGGGUGGCAUCGUCGGCCGCCGAGGCCAUCAGCCCCAAGGGCUUCGUCGAGAAACUGGCCAAGGUGGACGGCAUGGGCGGCUUCGAGCAGUACAGCAUCAGCAAGCUCGGCAACUACUUCCACGCCACCGAGUUCGCCGCCCGCCACCGCGCCGACGGCGUCCUCUCGCUCCCGCUGAACCCGGGCAACCUCGACUCGGAAUUCUGGCGCACCCAGGGGUCCAUGAUGACGUGCAUCCUCCGGAAGACACUGCUCUACCCCCCCGUCUUCGGCGCCUACACCAACCUCUUUGCCGCCUUUUCUCCCGACGUCACUCUUAAAAAAUCAGGAACCUUCAUCGCUCCGUGGGGCCAGUUCUGGAAAGUUUCGCCCGAGAUGCUCGCAGGCGCAAAAUCCAAGUCCGAGGGCGGUACCAACAUUGGGCGUGACUUUUGGAAUUGGACCGAGGCACAGGUCAAGCCGUAUGUCUGA